AUGCGUGCCCUCGCGAGGCGCUACGCCUGACCCUCCCCACCGCGUAAGGCCGCCGCUGCCUCUUCCGCCGUCGCUUCCCGCCGCCGCCGCUGCUGCUCGUGUGCGCGCCUGCCCGCCCCGCUACCCCGGCUGCUGCUUCUCCGCGCUCUUGGGACGAUGGCCACCGACUCUUGGGCCCUAGCGGUGGACGAGCAGGAGGCGGCCGCCGAGUCGUUGAGCAGCUUGCAUAUCAAGGAAGAGAAAAUCAAGCCAGAUGCCAAUGGAAUUGUCAAAGCUGAUGAGAAUUCAGGAAAGACAGAUGAAGAAGAGAAAGAGGACAGAGCUGCUCAGUCACUGCUGAACAAGUUGAUUAGAAGCAACCUAGUUGAUAACACAAAUCAGGUAGAAGUCCUACAGCGGGAUCCAAAUUCCCCCCUCUAUUCAGUGAAGUCUUUUGAAGAGCUUCGACUGAAACCACAGCUUCUGCAAGGGGUCUAUGCUAUGGGCUUUAAUCGGCCAUCUAAGAUACAAGAGAAUGCCCUGCCCAUGAUGCUUGCUGAACCUCCACAGAACCUGAUCGCCCAAUCUCAGUCUGGUACUGGUAAAACAGCUGCCUUUGUCCUGGCUAUGCUCAGCCAAGUGGAACCUUUGAACAAAUACCCCCAGUGUUUGUGUCUCUCACCCACUUAUGAGCUGGCUCUUCAGACAGGAAAGGUGAUUGAACAGAUGGGCAAGUUUUAUCCAGAACUUAAACUUGCUUAUGCUGUUCGAGGCAACAAGUUGGAACGAGGUCAAAAGAUCAGUGAGCAGAUUGUCAUUGGCACUCCGGGUACGGUUCUGGAUUGGUGCUCCAAACUAAAAUUCAUCGACCCCAAAAAGAUCAAGGUGUUUGUUCUGGAUGAAGCUGAUGUGAUGAUAGCUACCCAAGGCCAUCAAGAUCAGAGCAUCCGCAUCCAGAGGAUGCUUCCUAAGGAUUGUCAGAUGCUGCUUUUCUCUGCUACCUUCGAAGAUUCUGUGUGGAGAUUUGCUCAGAAAGUUGUCCCAGACCCAAACAUCAUCAAACUGAAGCGAGAAGAAGAAACUUUAGAUACCAUUAAACAGUAUUAUGUGAUGUGCAAUAACCGAGAUGAGAAGUUCCAGGCCCUUUGUAAUCUCUAUGGGGCCAUCACUAUUGCUCAAGCCAUGAUCUUCUGUCAUACCCGCAAAACAGCUGGUUGGCUGGCAGCUGAGUUAUCCAAAGAAGGCCACCAGGUGGCCCUCCUGAGUGGUGAAAUGAUGGUGGAACAGAGAGCUGCGGUGAUUGAGCGUUUCCGAGAAGGCAAGGAGAAAGUGUUGGUGACUACCAAUGUGUGUGCUCGAGGUAUCGAUGUGGAGCAGGUAUCUGUGGUCAUCAACUUUGACCUGCCCGUGGACAAGGAUGGGAAUCCAGACAACGAAACCUACCUUCAUCGUAUCGGGCGCACGGGGCGCUUUGGCAAACGGGGCCUGGCUGUGAACAUGGUGGACAGCAAGCACAGCAUGAACAUUCUCAACAGAAUCCAGGAACAUUUCAAUAAGAAGAUAGACAGAUUGGACACCGAUGAUUUGGAUGAGAUUGAGAAAAUAGCCAACUGACAAGCAUCGACUAGAAUUGAUAUACACCUUUUACACGUGUAUCUCCAGCUCCAUUUGGACUGUUUGUUUUUCAAAUUGGCACAUCUCUCAGCCAUUCACCAAAAAGGACAAAGGCGGGAAUACACAGGAAUUACCUACCUCAUUUCAAAUUAUGUUUGGACUUAGCAAAAAACAACAAAUUGUGCAAAAAAUGGGGGAGGUAGAGAAAAAAUGUUUACAUAAGCUUUUACAAUUAGAUAUAAAUGGACAUAAAUUACCUUUUAAAAAAAAAAAAAAGCAAGUGUUCCCAUCUUAAGACUCUUCUUAAGGGACUGUCAUAUCUAUGGAUAAUACGAUUUCCAGCAUCCACUGUGGCAGCAUCUGGUUUUGUUCUCCAUCCCAAAGUGAGACAAGGAUAUCCUGGGGUGCCAACCAAUCUUCAGCAAAUUGCAAGGGGAACUGAGCAGAGAUGACAAUGGAAAGGAAAGGCAAAGCUAAGAGGUGACUGCUGGACAGCUUCCAAACCAAAAAGUAUUGGGGCGAGUUCCCCAGCUGGGAUGUAGCAGCUCUUUCCUCCCUGCUGCCCACAAUAGGAAGAAAUGGUUUGGGUAAUGAGAAUGACCCUCCAGACCUCUAGUGAGGCUAAACCUCAGGAUGGGGGUUGGCUUCUAAGAUGGGCCAAUAUAAAUUCAAUCACGUUAUUAUCUUGGAAUCAUAGUGCCCCUAUUCCAGUGCCAAGACAGUGAUAUUAUGUAAUUCUCUAAUUGCUGAGAACCUACAAGAAAUGCCCAAUGGAGCUGGGGACAUGAUCCUAGGACUGGGGCUCUCCAGCAGAAGCAUUGAAGGCAGCAGGUCUCUGCCUCUGUGACUUGAAGAGAGGAGACCCUAGAAAAGGGACAGAGCAGAAGCCCAGAAGUCUGCACCGUUGCUCCAUGCCUUCAUUGUCUUGGCAAGGUGGCCUAAUUCUCCCAAUGAAAAUCAUGUCAGAUAUGGGACAUCGUCUCUUCAGACCCCUAAUAUUUGUACUGAAGGAAGACUGACCAUUUGUAGCAAUAGAAGUAGCUGGCUAGCAGGUACAGCCAGGUUCUUUUAAGUGUCCUCUACUGUCCCUUCAUGGACUUUCACUUCCUUCACCAGCCCUCUCUGUCUCCGGGCUAUUGCCAUGGUAUUUCUUAUAUGCUAUCUGGUUCUAAGGGUUCUCAGUCCAUCCCUGGUUUCUUUUUGGUGACUAGAUAAAAGAUAGUACCCAGCUGUGGAGGUGGAGAAGAAAUGAGAAGGUCACUUGAUUCCAAGUCCAGGAUAAGACAGCUCAGCUGCCAUUAUCUCUCCUAAGGACCUUGUAGAAGAAGGGGUCAGUUUCUGAAGAAUAGUGCAAACUAGUCUUUCUUGCUUGGGUGAGGUCCCAUAAUCCACCACCAAAUCCAAUUGCUUUUAGAGGAAGAGAAUCUGACUUCACCAACCAGUUGGCCAUUUCUAAUCAAUCCUGUGGCAAGAAGUCACCACCACUUUCCCAGUCUCUUGUUUCUCCUAACUGCAUGAGUUAAAGGCCAGUAGAAUGUCCAGGGUCUGAUCCCUAUUGUAUGUGUUGGCUUAUGUGUGUAUUUAUGUGAACCAUGUUUGUGAAGUAGCUUUGAUAAUAGGCCUACCUAUUAUUAGGCCUCUUUGUGCACCUAGUGUAAUAUGUAGGAUCCAAAUGGGUCAUCCCUUGAGUUUUUUCCCCAGUGUCAAUCCCUUGCUUUCCUCCCUUUAGGGCUUUGCUGAACUGCUGGGGACUGGAAGGGGAGGGGAAAAAAUCAUGAAGCUAUUAAUUAUCCCUGCUUGUGGCUUCUUCCAACAGUGGGGGUAGAUCUGAAUGGAGACUGCAGAGUCUUUCUCUUAUCUGUUUAGUUGCCCUGUAUGAGCUUCCUUUGAUUCCCUUCUCACCACUUUGCCUAGGUCCCUCCACACUAGGAAAGCUCAUGACAAUCUUGACUUUUUCCUCUUCACAGGUGGAUAUGAGUUAAGGAUAUAUUGCUCUUUAACAGAUAGUGAAGCAAAAGAGCUAUAAAUAAGCGAGUUGGACUUAAAUAUCUGGGAGAAGGGAAAAAAUCAACCUAAUUCCUCUCAGUCUUAAGGAGUCUUAGUUGCUCCUGUAGAUUUCAGAAUCGAGAGGGGAAAGGCUUGAAGCAGUGGAUCAUCUCUGCUUCUUGGAAAGCCUGUGCCAUAAGGCUUUGUGCAACAUUGAUGAAUCCUCAUUUCCUGGGCACUCUGGCAGGGAGAGGAGGCUUCGCUGUCCCCUAGUCCAGUGUAUUGAGUUGGAAGACUUGGUUUCUCUUUGUGGAAGGGCCCUCUUGUGCCCUUUCAGAUGAACAGCUGACCUGUGGUGGAAGUUCUAACAGAUAAGAAAUGGGAUAUGCUGCCAAUCAAUAGAAAAUCCUGUCUUUGAUAAAUUGAGGGUCAUGUAUUGAUGAUACAGUCAAGAAAUUGCUUCAUUGUAGAUGUACUUUCCACUUAUUAUGUUAAUAGAUUUUAACCAAUUGUGAAAA